CUGGAGGCUAUGGGACAGUUCCUAUGACCAGCUUAGGUGUUUCUGGUUUCAACAGUACCUCCCCCACUGGCUCUCCUUACAUCAUGCCCUCCAGCCCCACCAUUCCUGGAAGCUCCAGCUCCUCAUCUUCUCUCCUGCCUUUCUCCUCCUUCCCAUCUUCUGCUAAACAGAAGAGUGCUUUUGCUCCCGUCCUCAGACCACAAGGCUCUCCCUCCCCGGCCUGUCCUGCCUCGGGUGGGAACAGUUUCAGAGUGAUGACGGGCCUGGUUGUUCCCCCGAUGUAGCAAAGCAGCCCAAGUCAAUCUACCCCAGACCAUUGCUUCACUUCACCCCCGGUUUUGGCACUGGGUGGAUGGGAGCAUGGGGGAAAAAAAAUCGAAAGUAGCAACUAUAUAUAAGACAUUCUUCUCUGAAGCCCCCUCUCACCUUCAUUUCUAAGUCCCCUUUUUUAUCCACGGGGUAUGACAAUGUCCAAAGAGAUCUGCUCUUGAGCCAGAGGAGGUUACUUCACUAACAACUACAGACAGACAGACGUCGCUCCUUAGCUAACAGCUCCUGACUGGACCAGGCACAGCCGUGGCAGUAAAAACAGCAGGAAAACAGCUCCCACUUUCGCCUGACGCUUCAAAAGCAUCUGUACAGACCUCUGACCUGCGCUCGGAUGCAAUAUUCCAUCCUCCUGACACCCGCCUGAGAGUGUUGUAAGAGCACUGUUGUGGUUGGAGGAUGAAGGACAACCAUGACUCAUGUAGCUCUGAAAAAAGCAGGGUGCUGUUUUUUCUGUGUAUGGACACCUUAAAUGGCAUGUGUGUACUGUGUGUACGCUGUCUGUAGUUAGUGAGAGAAUUGAUUUUUUUUUUUGUAGUAGACUUUUUUGAAGACAAUUUACAUUCCAGAAAAAUAGACUGCUUUAUUUUUUCGUUCUGCUCUUGACUGUUUUACAAGUGAAGUAUACUCUCUGUCCUAAGGGUUAUUACUAAAGGAAUUCAUAUAUUGAUUUAUUUAAGAACAAGCAAUUUAACUUAUUGUAGCUAGUUUAGGGUAUAAUAUUAAUGUGUUUUAUAAAGUGGUCCUUUUUCCAGCUGUCACUGAAACAAAGUCAAAUCAACAGUUGCUAGUACAGGAAAUUUGCGAAAAAGUUUAAAAAGGAGAUAAUUUCGUAGUGGAAAUAAACUCCUGCAGGGUUUUUCAGAACAAAACUUUAAUAUUACGGCAGCAGCUAUUGACCCUGUGUAAAGGAAAAUUGUUAGGUAGCCUUAUUCUUAUUUUUCAUUUCACUUAUUUAAAAUGCAUGCUUUGUCACAAAGUGACUUUAUUCUACGUUGAUGUUGAUUUUUUUUUUUCACACGUCAAGUUGCCAGAAUGCAGUAAACAGGAAGUGAAAGCACAACAGCCGAAAGUGUUCUUUUACCAGUGUCAUGUGUUUUUUGUCUUUUUUUGUCAUCACAACACGAACCUUAUCACCAGGAUGUUAAACACAAAAAGUCAGUGACAUCUGCAAAUACGUUUUUGUUUAGAUUUGUGGAACAAAAUGCUGAUUGGAUGUUGAGUUUGGAGGUGGUUAGUACGGAAGCGUAUUGUUGCCACACUGAGAGAAAAAAAAGGCUCAGUAUCACGUAAUUACAUGAUAAGUUUCACGUUAUUUCGUGAUAAGUUUUACGUUAUUUCGU